AUGUCGAAGAGAACCCAACAAUCGGCUAAGGAGAGAAAGCAGCAAGAAGUGAUAGAUGGAAACAAAGCAAAGAACGCUUUGUUCGCUUCGUGUUCCUUCUCUUCGCUUGGCCUUGACCCCAAGCUGUCUGACCAGCUCAAAGAAAGGAUGGGUUUUGAAGCUCCUACGCAUGUGCAAGCUCAAUCUAUUCCUGUGAUUCUCUCUGGUCGCGAUGUACUGGUGAAUGCUGCAACCGGAACUGGCAAAACUAUAGCGUAUUUGGCACCAAUCAUCCAUCACUUGCAGGGUUAUUCUCCCAAGGUUGAUCGUACUCAUGGAACUUUUGCUUUGGUGAUUGUGCCUACUCGGGAGCUGUGCCUUCAGGUUUACGAAACCUUGGAGAAGCUGCUGCAUCGGUUCCAUUGGAUUGUCCCUGGUUAUGUCAUGGGAGGAGAGAAAAAGGCUAAAGAAAAGGCUAGGCUAAGGAAAGGGAUAUCGAUUCUCAUUGCAACCCCGGGACGCCUUCUUGACCAUUUGAAGAACACUGCUUCAUUUGUGCACAAGCAUCUGCGUUGGGUCAUCUUUGAUGAAGCUGAUUGCAUUCUCGAGUUAGGCUAUGGGAAGGAGAUUGAACAGAUAAUUAAGCUUCUAGGUUCUGGACGAAACGAUGAAGAGGAAACGGAUGAUGUUGGUCCAAAGGGUAUUCAGAAGCAGAACCUGUUACUGUCAGCGACACUGAAUGAAAAAGUUAACCACCUUGCACAACUUAGUUUGGAUGAUCCAGUAAUGAUUGGUCUUGACAGUAGCAAAUAUCAACAAAAUCUACCAGUGGAGGCUCCUCCUGGCUCUCCUGAUUCCGAUGCUGAUUCUGAUGCGGAGGAUUUGGUGAUUCAUGUAAACAAAUCCGCAAACCCUUCUUCUGAGGACUAUGGAAUACCAUCGCAGCUAGUGCAGAAAUAUGUUAAAGUGCCAUGUGGUGCACGGCUUGUGGCUCUUCUUUCUGUUCUCAAGAACCUUUUUGAGAGAGAAGCUUCUCAGAAGGUGGUGGUAUUCUUUUCGACACGUGCUGCUGUAGAUUUCCAUUACUCGCUUCUGAGUGAAUUCCAGUGGCCACCAAAUUCUGAGACACAAGAAGAAGAGGAGACGAAACAGUUGUUUCUCAAGUGCAAAACGUUUCGGUUACAUGGAAGUAUGGAGCAGGAGGAUAGAAGAUCUGCGUUUGGGACCUUUAAAGCAGAGAAACAGGCUAUUCUCUUGAGUACAGAUGUUGCUGCUAGAGGCCUUGAUUUCCCUAAAGUAAGAUGUAUUAUACAAUACGACUGUCCCGGGGAAGCAACCGAGUAUGUGCAUAGAGUUGGUAGAACAGCUCGUAUAGGUGAAAAAGGAGAAGCCUUGUUGUUUCUACAGCCGGUUGAAAUAGACUAUCUUAAGGACCUGAAGAAACAUGGUGCAACACUUGCAGAGUACCCUCUCCUAAAAGUACUUGAUAAGUUUCCGUUACCUGGCAAUAUGCCUCGCAUCAAGAAGGUCAUUUCACUAGAGUCACAUCCAUGGGUCAUAUCUCUGCAGAGAGCUCUUGAAUACGUUAAUUACUCCCAGCCGAAGAUGAAGGAGCUGGCGAAGAAUGCGUUUGUCUCUUGGGUUAGGGGAUAUGCAGCUCACAAGGGAGAGCUCAAGAGCAUUUUUGUGGUGAAGAAGCUUCAUUUGGGUCAUGUCGCCAAGAGCUUUGCGCUUAAAGAGCAACCUUCCUUGGUUGGGAAGUCGCACCAUAAGGAAACAAUGAAGAGGAAGAGAGACGAACGCCAAAGAGGGCAACAACCAAAGAAGAGAAACAAGAUGAAUGGCAGCAAUAGAAGUACACAAAGGACUUGA